AUGCCCCACGACCCUGAUCGUCCUCCGGCUAAAAGGUUCAAGCCGGGGUCCGUUCUUUUCAGUCUUAACCAAAGGAAACCUGGGAUGCUGCUGCCCAGAAAAGGAAAUGCCAGCACGCCUUUAGACGUCCAAAGAAAACAGCUGCCAAUUUACCAGGCUAAACCUCAGCUACUCAACCACCUGAGACAGCUUCACAAUGCCAUCUUAAUUGGUGAGACUGGUUCUGGAAAAACUACUCAGAUUCCACAGUACCUAUAUGAGGCUGGUAUUGGGCGACAGGGCAUCAUUGCUAUCACACAACCUCGGAGAGUUGCUGCUAUUUCACUAGCAGCAAGGGUUGCGGAGGAGAGGAGAACUCAACUUGGAAAACUGGUGGGUUAUACUGUCCGCUUUGAAGAUCUAACAUCAUUUGAGACCAAGAUAAAAUUUAUGACUGAUGGCAUGCUACUUCGAGAAGCCAUUGGAGACCCCUUACUUCUACGUUACACAGUGGUGAUUUUAGAUGAGGCUCACGAGCGCACAGUGCACACUGAUGUGCUGUUUGGGGUUGUGAAGACUGCUCAGAGACGCCGCAAAGAGUUGAGCAAAAUGCCACUGAAGGUCUUAGUCAUGUCAGCUACUAUGGAUGUGGAUCUAUUUUCUGAAUACUUUAACAAGUCUCCUGUGCUCUACCUGGAGGGAAGGCAACAUCCCAUUGAGAUUUUCUACACAAAACAAUCACAGUCAGACUAUCUUCAAGCUGCACUGGUCACCAUCUUUCAAAUACAUCAGGAAGCACUACCCUCCCAAGAUAUUUUGGUUUUCAUGACAGGCCAAGAAGAAAUUGAGGCUCUUGCCAGAACAUGCAGAGAUAUUGCCAAGCACCUUCCUGACGGCUGUUGUCCUAUGAUUGUCAUCCCUCUUUAUGCAUCCCUGCCACCAGUGCAGCAGCUCAGGGUUUUCCAGCCUGCUCCCAAGGGAAGUAGAAAGGUUAUUUUGUCAACAAACAUUGCUGAAACUUCAGUUACAAUCUCUGGGAUCAAAUAUGUUAUAGACACUGGCAUGGUAAAGGCAAAGCGCUUCAACCCUGAGAGUGGUCUAGAGGUGUUAGCUGUGCAGAGAGUUUCAAAAGCCCAGGCGUGGCAGCGGACAGGGCGGGCUGGUAGAGAAGACUCUGGCUUCUGCUAUCGCCUCUACACUGAGGACGAGUUUGAUAAUCUUAUCCCCAUGACAGUGCCUGAGAUUCAAAGGUGUAACUUGGCAGGGGUAAUGCUUCAACUUAUGGCGUUGGGCGUUCCAGAUGUGAUGAAUUUUGAUUUCAUGUCGAAACCUUCAUCAGAGGCUGUUUCUUCUGCUGUGGAGCAUUUGGAGUUGUUGGGCGCACUAGAGAAGAAAAAUGGACAAGUUGUUCUCACUGCUCUGGGGAAGAAAAUGGCCAGCUUUCCUCUGGAGCCAAGAUAUGCAAAAGCAAUUCUACUGUCUCCAGACUUCUCUUGUUCAGAAGAAGUCAUCUGCAUCGUUUCCUUACUGUCAGUGGACACUGUGCUGUACAACCCUCCAGCUCGACGAGAUGAGGUGUUGGCUGCUCGGAAGAAGUUCACCUCCAGUGAAGGAGAUCACAUAACUUUACUUAGUAUUUACAGGGCCUUCAAGAAAGUCAGUGGCAACAAGGACUGGUGUCGAGAGAAUUUUGUCAACAGCAGAAAUAUGAGUCUAGUAAAAGAAGUCCAAGCACAGCUCAAAGAAAUUUGCCUUAAGUUAAAUUUGAAGCUGGUUUCCUGUGGGGCAGACACAGGAAGUGUGCGCAGGUGUCUUGCACAUGGCAUGUUUGUCAACGCAGCAGAGCUUCAGCCGGAUGGAACCUACUUGGCAUUGGAUACCCAUCAGCUUGUAGCUAUCCAUCCGUCUUCAGUCCUGUUCCAGGCAAAGCCAGCCUACGUCGUCUUCAACGAACUGUUGCACACAUCCCGUUGCUACAUGAGGGACCUGUGUUUGGUGGAUGCUGACUGGCUCAUGGAGGCAGCGCCUGAAUACUUUGCACAGGUGUCAGAUGCGAGAGGUCACCGUGUCCUCCACACGUGUGCUCCGCAGACUGCCAUCAGACUGCCAUACUCUGAACUGAAGCGGCACAGUCCGCCUUUCCAAUGCGUCAGUCCCUUCCUCGGUUCGGGCUUCGCCUCUAUGCCCGGUAGUGCGAGCUCCUAG